AUGAACCCACUCCAGAAGAACAAGAUUGAUGUCAGCCAAUUGUCGGCAGACGAACAGCGUCUGUUUAGACUGUACGGAAAGCUGCCAAACAAGAAAGAUCUGUUGCAGAACAAGCUGAAGGAACGCAAGUAUUUCGAUUCCGGCGACUACGCACUCUCGAAAGCUGGAAAAGCCUCUGACACUGGCGUCACCACGAUCGGUACCGAGCACCCCAAAGCCGAAGAGAUUCCCCAUACCAGUCCUUUGAUGCACACCAUUUCACGCAAUGACUCGGUCUCUGCAGCCUCUGGGUCGUCUUCCUUCGCAACCAGUCCAGAUGGCCAACACAUUCUGCCAGCUGCAGGGCUGCAUCGCGGUAGCAUCAAUGGAAUCCAUGGAGGCGGGCUAUCCACCAUGACGAGCCGCAGUCCGGUCAAAGAGAGCAGUUUCCUGGCUCGGAGCUCAAGCGUCGACGAGGAAGACGGGAAUGGCCCACAAGGUCGGGAAAACAUCGCAACGAAUAUCCCAGAAGGCAGUGUCAGUCCACCAGCCAGGAAGGAGGGCAUUCCCAUUCGAAGAUGA